AUGGAACGGUUGCGAGAAACGAUAGUGAUUUUUACUUCACUAUUAUCCAGUCUGGAAGCAAGUGGUAAUAGAUGUUACGUAUGUACAACAAUUGACGCAAACGCUAUGUUAAAAGAAAUUGCCGAUCCGAAUUGGUUACGAUGGCUUGAAAAUGUUCGAUAUGCACCUUAUUCUGAACAGUGUGCGGAUAGCUUUAAGGUUGAUCUGGCGCUGAGAGGUGGAGUGAAGAAUCAUGAGUGCGUACAAGGAACAUGCAUGAAAAUGGUAAUACAGCAGAAGAAUGGUUAG